CUGUUUUGCAUAACGGACGCUGCGCAUGCGCAGAGAGCUGAGGCUUUCCCCAGCGGUAUUCUGAGGGGAUUUAAUCGUCUUGGUUUGUGUUUCCCCCUUUCUUUGAAGCUGAGGGACCUAUUUGCACUUUAGAGAUAGAUUUUAUGGUCAUUGGGCAAGAUGGCUGCCAGUGAUAAUUCAUUAGCAGAAACUUCCUCCUUGAACAACACUGAGGUAUUCUGCAAUUCUGGUGCUAGUUCUUCAUUUCAACCAAUAAAAACCCAGAUGGCCAUCCCAACAGCUCAUGUCACACCUUCCAGACUGAAUCCCUGUCUUGAUUCUGUGAAUGAAUCAAGCACAUCUUGGGUCGCUCUGGAACCCUCUCGGACAAGGUCAUCCAAUGAGAAACAAGGGGAGACAUCCAACUUCAACUCUGACACUCUGAGUCACUCCUGGGUAUUCCACAGAAACCCUCAUAUGUACCAGACUGCAGUGGGAAAUGUCUGUGAUCAAUCCUCUGACCCAACAAGUGUGCCACACACUCAAAUGCCUACAAGAUUGGCUGCUGACCUCACACUUAAUCAACCUGUGUCCAAAGAUCGGCAAGCCACUGAUUAUUGGUCCCAGCUCCAAAUGGUCUCUCCAGAUACCAAUGCUGGCUUAGAAGAAGAACCACACCAAAGGUUGUCAAAUGCCAAGUCAACAACAGAGACGAACACAGUCUCUGAAAAACAUGUGUCAUCAGGGCUUUAUCCUGCCAGUCUGUAUUCCAGCCCAGCAGUUGCUCAGUCUCAACAGUGGAAGCAAGGCUCUUGUGGGCUACAUCAGCAUGAGAACUGCCCACUUAGUGCCUGUAUACAGCGCUUGGAAAAGGUUCGGCUGGAACAGGUGCAGUUGCAAAAUCAAGCUGCUUGCUACCAUCCCUUAUUGAACAACACUCCACUACAUACUCUUGAUCCAGCCCAGUGGGCCAAUAUUGUGAGUGCAAAUGAGAACUUGCUUAGGGAGAGAGAGAUUCUCAUUGACAGGCAGAGGCGGCACAUUUCCCAGUUGGAGCAGAAAGUAUGGGAAAGUGAGCGGCAACUCCAUAGUGCAGCCUUUGGCCACCCUGCUUCUUAUGGAGACAUGUACCUGCUCAGGAUGCAGGAAUUGCAGAGGGAGAACACAUUCUUACGGGCUCAGUUCACUGAAAAAAUGGAGACGUUGACCAAGGAAAAGAUUGAAGUGGAGAAGAAACUUGCUGUUUCAGAGGCAGGCAUGAAACGGAUUCAAGAGGCCAACAAAGAGAGCACACAGAAGCAUACAGUGGACUUGAAGAAACAAGAAGAGAGGGUGAAGGCAAGAGACAAACACAUAGAAUAUCUCAAAAAGAAAUGCCUAAAAGAAUCGGAGCAAAAUUGUGAGAAACAGCAGAGAAUUGAGACUCUGGAACGCUAUGUGGCUGACCUCCCCACGUUAGAAGAUCAUCGGAAACAACAGCAGCAGUUAAAAGAAUCUGAGCAGGCAACGGCAGCUCUGCAAGAAACCAUCACGGCUCUUGAGACGGAACUUGGGGACAUUCGUGCCAAUUGCAGAGAGAAGGAAUCACAGCUAGAAAUGCAGAAACACAAGGAAAUGGAACUACUUUCCACUGUGCUCAGCUUGCAAGAUAAGAUAGAACGUGGGAAGACUCCUGCAGUAGAAGACUUGGCCCAGGAGGCAGAGAGAGAGAAACGAGAAAAGGAGUCAUUGCAGAAAGAGUGUGCCCUUCUCAGAAAGAUUGUGGACAAGCAGAAGAAAAAGAUUGAUCUGUUAUCUUCGCAAGUCAAAGACCUGGAGGCACAAAUGGCUCAGGAGGAAGGCACUGGCCAGGCACUCAAGGCUGAAGCGCUGAGGCAGGAGAAUGCGCUGCAUCAGCUGCGUGUGGCUGUAAAAGAGCUAUCUUUACAGAAUCAGGAACUGAUGGAGAAGAAUCUGACUCUUGAGGAGGACCUCCGGCAGACGGAGCCCGGCCAGGCCCUGCCGGAUGAGGCAGCCCCCCUUUCCCAAGAGCUGCACAGAGAACUGGUCAGCUGCCUGCAGGACUUGCAGUCUGUCUACAGCAUCAUAACUCAAAGGGCUCAAGGAAAGGAUCCCAACUUGUCAUUAUUGUUGGGCAUUCGCACUGUGCACUGUUCAGUUAACGAAAAGGAAGACUUCCUGAAGCCAGACCUGCUGGCAAAGAAGCUGGAGGAUGUCAAACAGCUGCGCAAAGAUAUUGAGGAUUUGCGGACUGCUAUUUCUGACCGAUAUGCUCAGGAUAUGGGUGAUAACUGCAUCACGCAAUGAAGGCAAAAAACAAAAAUAUCAUUCAAAAAGUGCUUCUACAUUUUAACCCAGAUGGGUGCGUUGACACCAAAAUAUAAUAUUCCCUUUUAGGCAAUAGCCCAACCCACUCCCCCCAUAGAAUAUAUAGCAGUGGGAGGGGCUACUGCCUCAGUUCCUUUAGUCCGCCACUCUUGCAGCAGCUGAGGAAUCUUUCAUUGUUCUUCAUCUUUGACUAGUAUUUCAGGACUGUGUGAAUUUCUUCUCUUGAAUGUUUGUUAUUAUUAUUUCAUGGUUAUGAUAUGUUGACCACCACUUUCUUUAAGAAGCGUCCCUCAAGGGAGGGGGGGGGGAAGGCAGCCCAAUGGAUGUGUCUGCAGUGUCUGGGGAGAGGCCUUGGGAGUAUGAUCAUGCACUUUCUGCCCCUUUUUCACCCCUCAGGCAUGUAAGAACCGCAAUUUUGUUUGGAAUCCUGUUGGUAUAACACACGUUAGUUCUUUUGGAAGGAGUGAAAAUAGGUAUUCACUACCUCUCUUGCACUGCAUCCAAAUCCACCUCCUCACUAGAGUUGAUGUUGAUGUUGACUGGCCUAUCAGUGUGUGAAUGUGUGAUUCAGGUCAUGAAGGAGCAGUUGGUCUCUGGCUGCAAAGGGAAAAGAAAUGAAAUGGGUCUCCCAUGGAGAGGGCUUUCAUUUCUCUUCUCUUUGCAGUUA